AUGGCAAAAAGAGAUGAUAGAAUAUCAGAAUUGCCUGUGCAUAUCAUUCAUCACAUCUUAUGUCUCACUAACCUCGACGUCAAAGAGGUGGCGAUAAGUUGUAUGCUGUCCAAGAGAUGGCACUAUUACUGGACUUCAAGGCCUAAUUUGAUAUUCGGUCAAUUUCAAGUUAACAAAUAUAUUCCCCUUGAAAACUAUGUCAAGUUGGUUGAUCAAUCCCUACGAUCCCAUAUCGAAAAAAACUUACAUCUUGAACAAUUCAUCCUUACAUAUUGUGAUCCAGAAGUGGAUUCUCACCUGGAUACUUGGAUUGAAUUGGCGGUUAAACUCAACGUCACAGAGCUGGGGAUUCACCCUUCCAUUUUAAGACCAAAUAGCUUACCUCAUGUUAUUUAUGAUGCUAAAAAGCUGAAAACAUUGUCGUUAAGCAAGUGCAAGUUUGAAUUUCAUAGUAGCACCACUCACAUAAGAUUUUGUUGUCUUAAGGCUCUUUCUUUGAAUCAUGUACAUAUUUCAUAUGCCCAAUUGCAAAGAGUUAUCGAAAGAUGCCCAUCUAUCAGGACUCUAAGUUUAUAUUAUUGUGAGGGUAUAAGCAAAUGUCACAUUUUUGGCCUAGUACGUCUCGAGUAUUUGACUGCAAGUUAUUGCAAACUCCAUAGUGUGCUAGUCGAAGCUCCAUAUCUUCGAUGCUUUAUAUAUAAUGAAUAUGCUGAACAGGACAAUAUUCUUCCUUGCCAAAUUGCUAUUUUGGGUGGUUACAAUACUUUACAUACACUCGAGCUCACUGGUGCCAGCAUCACCGACCAACAGUUUCGAGAUAUAUUCUGUAAGUUCCCAAACAUUUCUGAAUUGGAGCCAGCAAGAUGCUAUAAGCUGAAUAAUAUAGAGUUUCAGAGUUAA